UGCACGGGCUGUUUAGAAGAUUGACUUCAUCUUUUACAACCGUCCAUCAUCCAUCAAAAUGGCUCCAAAAAAGUCAAACACGAGUGUUGCCAAGAGCACAAUCAAAUCAAACACACCUGCUGCCAAACCAAGAGCAACAUCAUUAAUCUUGAUAAGCUUGUUGUCAAUCUCAGUAGGCAUUUUCGUUCAUAGUCGUACAUUACAUUUUCCACGUUACAAAAAUGCAGAAUAUUUAAUGACUGCAAAUGUUGCAAAGCUACGUUCUGAGCUAGGCUUACCGAAAUCAUGGCCUGGCACAACCAUCUUUGAUCAAUAUGGCGGAGAAGCUUGGCGUUUUCUUUUGGUAUUGGUAAACUUUUUCAAAGAUGCCAUUGGUGAAAAGCUUGGUCAAUCAAUUUUACUUUUGAUCACAAGUGUGCUUGGACCUGUUGUUUUGUUCUUCACAACUGAAUCCCUCAAAGAUGGUCGUCAUCCUCUCAUCUCUCCUGGCUUUUUGAUCUUUGUCCUUUCUUUGGGUCAACUUAUCCUCGUUGCUGCUGCAUCGUCUAUUGUUCUCGUACCGGCAUACGCAUAUACAAGAUGGCAAGAAGCAUCUUCGCUUGUACAUCCAUUACCAACCCCAAAUGCAUGGAAGAUCGUUCUUGGAUCGAUUUGCAAUAUUGCUGCUCUUUUGAUCAUCUUUUUGACAACAUUCACACCUCCCGGUACAAUCGCAUUCACACAUGCAAAUAUUUUAUUCCAAUUUUUCCCAAUUGUACUGGUUCCUUUGCUCUUUGUGCCAAGAUCAAAAACUGUUGUCUCAACAGCUGGAUCUGCCUCUGCACGUGAAUCACCAAGACUUUUGGCAGCAUCAAAUUAUCAAUUAUUAUCGUUCAUGGUUAUCCCAAUCUAUUGGUUAGGAUUAUACUGGGGCGGAAAACCAUUAUUCCAUGCAAUCAUUCACGACCUCGAUUUCAAAUCAGACGGUCCUUACCUUUUAUUUUGGGAUUUGAUCGGAGUAUUAAGUGCAACAUACGCAAUCGUUCAAAUUGACGCAAUCGUUGAUGGUGCAAAAGUUAAACAAGGAGGAGAAAGAAUUCAUUCUCGUCGUUUGUUCUUGGAAGAUGCUGUGCUGGGUUUACCAAUCGUGGCCUUACUUGGUCCAGGUUGGGCAAUCUCUCGUUACUUUCAAAGACGUGAAAUCUUGGCGGAAAAAGUUCGUUUUGGCGCAACUGCUAAAGAAGAUUAAUCGAAUUAUCAUCCUCAUAAUAGCUAACCUGCUCUUUGUUACUGCCCCUUUGUACUCCCAUCACACGCUUGCCCUGCAUUUUGCUAAUGGAAUCUAAGAUGAUUGU